AUGUCUUUCCACUUUGGGCACUUGGGGGAAGUGGUCCCCAAGGCUUUGCGGAUCCUCAAUUACCAUAUAGCUCUGCUCCUACAUGAGGAAUUCGGCUACAACGGACGCAUCCAGAAACUGGUGCAGGGCUCCUCGUCGACCGGCAAUACGUGGCGGGCCCAGGACAUUGUGCUGGCCGCGGGGGCUCCCCAGCAGAAGGCCACCAGCUUCAAGUCGUACACCACGACCAUCCACGUCACGCAGCUGGACGGGGACCUCCCCGCGGCGAACACGAUCGUCCAACUGAUCGCCAACAGCCGGGUGCCCGUGUAUAUCAACGGGGUGUAUUACGUCCUGUCCGCUGUCGCGCCCGUCGAGGUGCCCACCGACGCGACGGGCGCCCUGACCGUGGUCGAGGCCACCGACAGCCUCCACGCGUCCGUGCUGACGGCGAAAUUGACGAAUACCUCCCUCACCAUCAACCCGAUGGAUCACACCUUCGACAAGCUGGCUGCCCUUAACUCCACUGAUAAGCUGCGUGCCGCUGCGUUCCCCAGUCAGACCGUUGCGGGGGGAGUGGUCGGAUCUCCCGACACCACUGCCCUGGUCGACUCCUCGAUCGAUGAUAGCACGGUUGAAGCCGUGGCGCAACAUCUGAGCGUCUUCAAAGAUGCAUAUCAGAACCUGAAGGAUCCAAAGCACCCUGUCACCACCAGUCCAUCCGCAACCACCCCGCCCGCUGCGGUCCAAGUGCCGAGCACGACAACAGCGCUUAAGGCGCCGGCCCACCCAACCUCCUUCUGUCAGACCCGUCCGGCUGCCUUACACCCCGCCUCCUUACACGCCAGAAAUGUGCACGUCAGCAACAUCAGCUUCCUGGGUGACCUCGGUCGGGCCCUGGACCACAUCGGGGAUGAGAUCGGAGGGCCCAUCGGUGGGGUGGUGCAUGCCGCCGGCGAUGUUGGAAAGGCGGUGGAUGGGGUCGUGGAUGGCGUGGUGCACACCGCCGAGAAGGUGGGCGAUGCCAUCGCCAACACCGUGGGAAAUGUGAUCCACACCGUCGGAGACAUCGCAGACGCGGUCGGAAACGCCAUCACAACAGCCGCAGGAGACGUCUUACAGUGGGUCAAGCACGAGGUGAAGAGCGUCGGACGCAUCAUUCAUGACACCGUCACCGGGACGCUGCAUCUGGUGGCGCAGAUCGGGAGCAAGGUCUACCAUGCGGUCUUGGACACGGCCCACGCGGUGGUCGGGGCGGUGCAAUGGGUGUUUGACAAGGUCAAGACCGGCAUCCAGAAGUUGAUCCAGUUCGUGGAGAUGCUGUUCCAGUGGGAUGAUAUCCGCCGGUGCAAGGAUGUCAUGCACAACACCAUCAAGCUCUACCUGCAGAACGAGGUCGAGUACAUCCGCACGGCCCGAGAUUUCCUGGAUCGGGAGAUCGGGAAGGCCCAGCAGAGUCUGAAUCAGUGGAGUGGGAUCACCGACUGGUCGGGUCUGGGGGAUGCAUCGAGUAAGGCCGUCGCGGCCAGUGCCUCCAAUCCUCACAAGGAUCAGACCUCCGCCUCGAAAUUCCUCGCCGAUCACUAUCAGAACAACGCGAGCCAGAUGGCCGUGGUCGGGGACCACCCGACCAUGGACGCCGUCGAGCAGUUACUCACGGACCUGAUCCAGGCCAUCGCCCGGGAAGGACACGUGCUGGAGGGGGUGUACAAGGAACUCGUGCAGCUGGCCCACGACUUCAGCAGCUUGAGCGUGGAAGCCAUCCUGCGCCGGGUGGUUGGCAUCCUGGCCGACGGGGUCUUGUCCAGCGUGCAGGUGGUGGUUGACGCGGUGCUGAAUCUCCUGUACGAUGUGGCCGAGGUCGCCAUCGCCCUGGUCGACACCAAGAUCCACAUCCCGGUGAUCUCGGACAUCCUCAAUGCCGUGGGAGUCCCGGACAUCUCCCUGCUCGACCUGCUAUGCUGGAUCGCCGCCGUCUCCUUCACCAUCGUCUACAAGGUGGCGUACCAACACGCGCCCUUCCCAGCCCACGACCCGGCCGUCCAGACCAUCCUGUCCGCCAGCCACUGGGAAACCGUCGCAGAGGACUUCAAGCGAUCCGAGCACUCGCUCAAGCGGCCCACCUUCCAGGGCUUCCACGGGACGAGCGGGCUGAUGGCCCUGAUUGGGAACCCGCUGAAUGAGCUCGACGCCAUGUCCGAGGCCGGCAGCGGCGGCUUCCUCUCCAAGGCGACCUCCGUCUUCAAGGUGGUGGUCAGCGUGUCGCAGACGGUGGCGGACCAGCUCGUACCCCAGGACCCGCUGCAGGACGGGUCCAUCAAGACGAUCUCCCACGUCACCUCGGCGCUGGGCCUGCUCUGCUCGCUGUACUUCUCGGGGCUGGGCCAGAAGGCCGUCGGCAAGAUCGGGGUGGGCUCGAUGAGCGCCAAGAGCACGCGCGGCGUCGGCGCCCUCGUCGGCGUCAUGCUGAUCCCCUUCAAGCUCGUCACCUCCGGAUUCCAUUUCUACGAGCUGAGCCAGGAUGGCGCGGGGGAUAUGCGCUCCGCGGCGAUCAUCGGGGAGGUGUCCAACCUCACCUCCUAUGCUUCGCGGAUCGCCUACGCGGUGGUGGUGAAUGACGAGGACCCGGAGACCCGCGCGGUCGCGGUCACAGUCAAGGCGUUCUGCGAUCAGGCCUAUGCCGGGCUGCAGGUUGCGGAGACGGCGGUUGGAUAUCUAUGA